GGGGUCCCUGGGUCGCCGGUUUGCCUGAGCGGGGAUCCAUGAGCAAGAAAAGUUUUUUUAAAUCCCUGCAUUAUAACAUGAAUAAAUCAACAGAGAGGAAGACCCUGUUUGAAUACUCUUAAAAAGCAGCCCUCAUCACUCCUUUCCUUUAUCUGAAAUAAGGAUGGGUCGAAGCUAUAGAGGUAUGGCUCGGGAAAAUGUCCCCUUUAUCACACAAUUGGAAAUGUCUAUACUAAAAUCAACAUUCAAGAUCUUCAAGUUGGUUUUAGUGAUGCAGUCAGCCUCUAGUAACGUGUCUGGGUACCAGUCUUUUUGCUAACAUUCUGAUAUUUGACAAAAGACAGGAGCGGCAGGGAGUGUAACGUAAUACAUGAACAGAUGGCAACCAGGCUAAGCCUCUCGCGCUGUAAAUUCUUCACCGCGUGUGAUCUGGGAAAACCAGAAUUUAAAUGUCGCGUAAAUUCUUCAAAUUCUUCAUUACCUGUUAUGUUACCCGAGUCAGUCCACGAGCGAUUACCACAGAUGGAAGUGGCCAACACCCGCGCUAUGUUAAUCUGCUUCUUUAUUGGACAACCCACUGACGACAUAUCCCCGCCAAACUCGAACAUGAACAAAACCUCCACUGCACCUAUUUGAGCACCUUGAUCAGAGAGAGAUUCAAUCAGGCAUGGUAAAUCAACACGUUUCGGCUUUUUUCUUUUGAAUUACGACAUUUUUUACAACUAGCAUCUCAGUAGUUUGAAAUGGAUUAUCAGCGCUGUAUUACCUCAUGUCCUUUGAGAAUACUUUGCCUUUUUAAUCUGGUUUGCUCUGUGUUGUUGUCUAGCUGUCCUCGUACCUGUGACUCAGGCUUCAUCAUUAACAAGUGUAAGUGUGUCCCUUGUCCCGAUGGCUACUACUGGUACAAGCUUAAUGGCCGUCCUAAGUGUGACUUCUGUACUGAAGCCUGCUCAGUUGAUCGGCACUUGACACAGGUGAAGGAAUGCCACCGGGACUCAAACCGUGAGUGCCACUGUGACAGGGGCUUUUUCUGUGCCAGCACUGCCCAAUAUACCUGCAGGAGGUGUAAACCGUGUGUGUCUGGCACCUUCUCCAACACAGCAAACCUAGCCAUGUCCUGCAAACCCCACACAGUUUGUGGCCAUAAGGGAAUGAUCAUGGUAACAGAGGGCACUGCCUCUCAGGAUCGUGUGUGUGCCCAGACUUCCCCCGCCUCCCCUACAACUACUGCACCUCCACCUGCUCAUAGCUCAAAGAUGUCCCUUCGUUCUGCUAUAUCCAGUGGAGUCAGCACCAACAGAGAACUCCUCAUCACCGGAUCCGCAUCUCGACUGGUUUGGUCUCCUGAGGACUAUCCUACAGCCCCAAUGUACAAAUCUGUAGACCGUUCAUCAGCCGUUCUCAUCAGGUCCUCUCUGUCCCAAGCCAGGAGAGACCCCUCCGUCUCCCUCCCAACAAAGCUCACCACCAGGAGAAAGCCCUGCAAGGUGGACAGUGACACCUCACCUGCAGAGUCUGCCUCUGCACCCCCCCUUACCACAAAAGACAAUGACUCACCUCAUCUCCCAGUCCCAGCCUCUAGACAGAGCCCUCCCAGUCUCCCUUUGCUGGUGCUGAUAGUUGGGCUCCUAGGGGUCACUCUGCUGCUGGUUGGUUACUUUGUGGGGUGUAGGGGGAGGUCACUGGAGUCCAUGCACAAGUGGAAAGGUCCAAUAUUUGGGAAAUAUAUUUGUAAGGAAAGUCUAAGAGGGAGCUAUAAAGCGUGGGAGUGCCAGCCUUGUCCUGCUGCCCUACAGACGGCUUCCUAUAAGCAGGCCAAGCUGCCACAGGAGAGAAUCCCACACCUGGAGGCCCAGCAUCUUCUGGGGAGGGAGACUGGGGGAGAUCCUAGACGGGAGGGUACAGGGUCGCAACCUCCAGGGGGCAUGCAGAAUGUCUCAGUAGACCCCUCUGGAGGAGAAAACAUUAGCAACAUAGUGGGGUCCAUAUACAUCUACUCUCCAGGGACGGUUGUCCUGGGAUCCAACAAAUCAGAGAGGGAGGGGGAUCAAGGGGAGAGUAUAGGAAAGGGCUGUCCCCUCACCAGCAAGCCCCACCAGGAGUCCUCCUACCCCCUCCCUUGGGGCUCCGCUCUGGGGCCAGAGAGAAUGAGUACGCCGAAGGAUACCUGCAAAGAGCUGAGCUACCCCGUCCCAGCCACCAGCAAUUGAAAACUAGAAAAAAAUGGAAAUUGAGGAUUAAUUUAGGGAAGAGUGUGAGGGGGAGCAAGUUCAGUCAAUAUCAUACGAUCUCUGAGAGAGUGGAGACUGAAUAUUAUUUGCUACUGUAAAGACAGACUGAAUUGCAAAAUCCACAGGGGUCUAUGGGCCUUCUAUUAUUAAAGAGUGACAACUUGUUUGAA